GGGAGAUGGUGAUUAGACCUCAACCCCAAUCCAAUAACAGGACACUUCUAAAUUCUAAGAUGAAUAUGAAAAGAAUAAACCAAUAACUUUCAUCUCCGCCGCACCCACAACCUUCCCUUCUUUGAAUGAUCUUGCUUUCCCCUUUCACAACCUCAAUCGGACUCACACUCACACCUUCCGGCAAUGUCGACUCCUGCUAGGAAGAGGCUGAUGAGAGAUUUUAAGAGGCUGCAGCAAGAUCCACCUGCUGGAAUCAGUGGUGCUCCCCAGGAUAACAACAUAAUGCUGUGGAAUGCUGUCAUAUUUGGUCCAGAUGAUACUCCAUGGGAUGGAGGCACGUUUAAGUUGACUCUCCAAUUUUCUGAGGAUUAUCCAAACAAGCCACCAACUGUACGGUUUGUGUCUAGAAUGUUUCAUCCAAACAUUUAUGCGGAUGGAAGUAUUUGUUUGGAUAUAUUACAAAAUCAGUGGAGUCCUAUAUAUGAUGUAGCUGCUAUACUCACUUCUAUCCAGUCAUUGCUCUGUGACCCCAACCCAAAUUCUCCUGCAAACUCAGAAGCAGCGCGAAUGUUUAGCGAGAACAAGCGUGAGUACAAUCGAAGAGUGAGGGAAAUUGUGGAGCAGAGUUGGACAGCCGAUUAAGCUCAUCUUUAUAUGCAUGUAGGCCUUUUAAGGCAUGUGUUAGGUUGCGUUGCUACCUAUAAGAAUCAUUGUGCAAACUUACAAAAUUCCAAGUCUUAUUCCUUGCUGUUUUGAAUGUUCCGAUCAUCUUAUCUUUAAUUCAUAGUAGUUUUUGGGUUGGCCAUGUCAGUUCCUGUAAUAUAGAAUUCUCUGUCAAUUUGAAUCAGAUUGUUGUCAACACAGUUCAAUUUCGUUUAUAUUGUAUGGGUGGGUCAUUUUAUGAUAUGCUCUGACACAGU